CUCCGUCAUUAUCCGCCUUUCCACACGCCUACACCUGUGUAGCUUGGGUUUAGAUGAUGCUCUUAUCUGCCUGGCUUUUGUAUGUCCUACAGUAUCCGCAGAAAUCAUGCAAAGUCCGUUCUUACCAUCCAUUCAGGGAAUGAGUUGUAUAGUCUACUCAUGUGGCAUUCUUGCCGAGCUCCAGUCCAGAAAGAACACAUCUCAGGCGCCGAAUGACUUUUUUGUAUGCACUCUGGCUGUCGAUUCCAUUUUGUCAGUCAACUCUAAUCAUAUGCAAACUCUCACUUCUGGCUUUUUACCAGCGGAUAUUUACCAGGCGUUCAGUAAAGCGUUUUGGCCAUUUCAUUGCCACUAUACUCAUAAUGUGUGGUGUUUGGAUAUUCUUCAGCUCCAUUUUCUUUUGCAACCCAGUGAGCUAUUUCUGGGCUCAUGGCCCGACUGCAAAAAAGCAUUGCCUACCAUGGAAGAUCUUAUGGACCAUCAAUGGAUCUAUUCAGAUCGUCAGCUACCUGGCCAUUCUGAUUGUCCCUUUGAUGGUUCUGCCUGGUUUGUGCCUGGCGAAAGGCCAAAAGAUUGGACUACUGAGUUUAUUCGGUUUGAACCUGCUUCUAGCGUGCGCUGGAAUGAUCCAUUCAGUGGUAACAUUCAAGAGAUUUCUGAGUGGAAACUUUACACUUGUCAACGCAAACCAAGAUCUUGUUUAUUCGAGUUCCGAUGCAACACUCUCUAUUGUGUGCGCGUGCAUGCCUGCAUGCUAUCCUGUCUUUCGAUGGAUAGUUACGCGGCUGAUUAUACAAAACAUUCCUCAAAAGUUCAAAGUAUUGAAAGAACCGACUGUACCAAGGAACAUCAAUCUGACCUCCCCGAUCGACGAUGAUUCAACUUUUGUGGCCUCUGGUCACAUGUACGCAGCUAGUGUUCAAGUCACAGAGGGUGGUGGAUACCACAAUAAACGGCAAGUGGGAGUGAUAGAAGUGAAAAGAUCGGUUGACAUUAUUUCACAAGGAGAUAUGGGCGAGUGGAUUUUUCGAAGACAACAUCACCGCUGUACAGACGCCCCAAUUGGUCGAGAACCAAGUGGAUAAGCCGACACUCCAUCGCGAAGCCCUUUUCAAUCAUUGGAGUGCGGGCUCAAGAGUUCCAAUAACAAGUGUUCAAUGAACUCGCUCCGCUGUA